AUGGUUAAAUAAUAUAGGAAAAUUGAUUUUAUUUUUUAGUAUUAUAAUUUGAUUGAAAAUAUUGAAAUUCAAGAAAAAAUACUGAAAUCAAUUUAUGAUUAAUUUCCUAGUUAAAGAAAUUAAUCUCAAUUAAUGUUCUUUUAUGCUGAAAUAAAAUAUGACUGGAAAAAGGCAUUUGAUUAAUUAUAAAUAAAUGCUAUUGAAAAUUCUUCAUUAAGUAUUAUUACAGAUAUUGAUUUUAAUAGAUUAGCUAAUAAAAUGGCUUACUUGAUAUAUUCUUAUGAUGAUAGAAAACUUAAAAUUAUUUCUUAUUCUAAAUAAACUCCAAUUAUAUUUGGUUAUUAAUAAAAAUAAUUUGAUUUAAUUAUUUCUCCUUAUCCUUUAAUUCCAUAAAUAAUAAGAGAUAUACAUGAUCAAUAUAUUGAAGAGUUUUUAUAAAAUGGAAAAGCAAAUUAUUUUAGAUAAGUAGCCUUUAACAUUUGUUAACUUAAUUCAGGAUUUAUUUAAGAUGUUGAAUUUUUUUUUGAUCUUUAUUUUGAUAAUAAUCAAUCUUUUCGUUUCAUUACAUUUCUAAACUUUUAAGAAUAAUCAGACCCAGUAAUGUUGAUUGAUUAAAUUAAUAAGAUUUAAGGAAUAAAUAAAGAAUUAUUCAAGUAAUUGAAUUUCCAUCCUUAAAUAAUUGAUUAAUUAUCAAUAGAAAAAUCUCUUUAUAAUUUGUAAGCAGAUUUAUUUAUUCCUAAUGAUAUAUUAAAUGGAACUUAAAAUUUAUGUUCUUUUUAAUUUCACUUUCCUAAAGAUUCAUUUUUCUAAUAAGAAUUUUCAACGAAUGCAUAAAAAUAAACAUAUUUAAAAAAUAGUUAAAAGUUAUAAUUAUAUGAAGUAAGUUGUGAAAUAGCAAAAAGAAAAACAUACAAAAUUAUAAAGUUUAAGAAAAUAUAAGAAAAUAAACGAAAAAAUCUGGUGAUUUCAGUUGAUACUCUUGUACCUUUAAAUAAAGACUUAUAAAUUAAUAAUGAGGAAUUAAUUGAUCAUCCUUAUGAAUUUUUUAUUCAGAACAAUUUCUAUUCAAAUAUCGUCAUUCAUACUCAAAGAAAAACAGAUGUUAGAAUUUUAAACGAUUUAGAAGAUAAAAGCAUUUAAUUAAUAAAUGAAGAGAAAUUUAAAUUAUAUAACUAUAGAGAAUCUAAUAUUAUUUAUUUUGACAACAAAACAGUACAAAUAUUGGGCAAUAUUUAUGAUCAUAACUUAAACAAUUCAGAUGAUAAUGUUUAAAAAUGCGCACAAGCAUCAUCCAUGGCUGGGCUAAUGAAAUCAGUUUAUUAUAGAAAAUACACACUUGUUAACAAAUUAAAUAAUUUUACUCUUGUUAUACCUUUAUUAAACAAAUUAUUUGGAUUUUUAAUUUUUGCUCUUAUAAAUUAAAUCAUUUUUAUAUCAAUAGUAAUUAUUUAUUUUAUUUUAGAAUAUGGCUUUUUCAAAAAAAGAUUUUUAUUCUCUCAAUUAUUACUAUGAUUCGAUAUAAAUUAAUCAUUAAUUUAUUGGGCCGAUGUAAAAAUUUUUUUUAACUCGUUAUAUGAUUUAAGGUUACUAAAUGCUGAACUUUAAUUAAGCAAUAAGUAGAGAUCAGCUUAAUUAUUAUUUAAAAUUCAUCAAUCCGUUAUUAAUUGGAUCUUAUGAUGAAUUUAAAUAGCACUUUUAAGAUCAUUUUUAGGAUGAAGAGUUAUAAGAAUUUAUCAAAGAUGAAUAUGUUAUUAUAUAAUAGUAAACUUCUCAUUAUGCUCCUAUAAAAUUGAAUGAAUACAAUAUAACACUCUAUAAUGCUUUUAGCAUUUUACUUGAUGCCUUUUAUAAGUAAAAAUAGAUUUACAUUGUUCGCUAAACAACUAUGGGAACUAAUCCUCAUAAUACAUAUUAAUACAAGAACUAUAUUUUAUUUGUGACAGUUUUUGAUAAAAUAUCUGAUUUAAUGUUUUAAGAGUCUAUUUAUAAGAUUGAUUUGGUUCUUAAAAAAUGGAUAAUAAUGGUUAUUCCAAUAUCAAUAUCAGUGCUAAUCUCUAUAUUACUACUUGGAUAUUAUUAUAACUAAUUUAAUCAUUAUUUAGAAAAAUUCUUUAAUCUUAACAUUCAUAUAGAUUAAAUAGAGCUUAAUGCAGAUUAAGGAAGGCAAUUAUUUAUUCUUUAAAGCUUAAAACAAGGAUCAGAAUUAAUACAUUUAUACAAAUUCAAUUUAAUUGGAAAGGAAGAAAUAUUAGAAAAAACAAAAAUAAAAGAAAUCAAAAAGGGGUUGAAAAUUUAGGGUAAUGAACCUAAAGAAAUAAGAUAAUCUAUUCAAAUUUCUAAAUUCUCUCUGAUUUUUUCUGUCUUUUUCUUGCUAAUCCAAUAUUUAUUAAUUGCUGGACUUUUAACCUAUAUAGGGUUUGAAUAUAUGAAUAAAUUUUCUAAAUCUAUUCACUUUUUUAAAUCAAUCUCAGACAUUGGAGUUUAUGUCCCUGCUUCAUUUUCUUAAAAAGAAAUAUUAUAUUUUUUUUUUCAAUUUACUUAUUAUACUAACGAUGAUAGAGCAUUUUUUGUAGAAUAAAUAUAAAAAGCAGUCACAAAAAUUGAUACUUUCUUAUUAUAAGAUAUUGAAAGUUCAUAAUUACAAUUUUCUGAAUAAUUUUUGGAUGCUUACAAAUAUUUAGAAGAAAAUAAUUUAUGUCCAUUACUUAAUAGUUCAAAGUAUUAUGAUUUUGAUUAUUUUUGUUCAAAUUCUUAGAAUGGAAUUUUGAAAUUGGGGUUAAGAGCAUCAUUAACAAAUUUUAAUAGUAUAUUAAAAAAUGAGUUAAGCAUAAAUUUCCAAAGUUAUCGUAAUUAACCUUCAAAAGAAGAAUUAGAAGCAGUUUAUUUAUGUUCAGAUAUUAUUCAUGAGAUUACUAAUAAAAUGGAAAAAGAUAUUAUAUCAUAAACUAAAAUUAUUGAGGAAUUAUAUGAUGUAUUUAUAAUUAUAUUAUUAAAUAGAUAAUUACUGCUAUAAGUUUGACUUAUACAAUAGUAUUGAUAAUUACUAUUUAAUUUUCAGUUUACAAAAAGUUUAGAUUGAAUCUUAAUAGAACAAAAAUGAUCUCAUUAAUUUUCCCAUUAGAAACAAUUUUCUUAAAUGAUCAUUUUGAAAGAGAAUUAAGAAGGAUGGUUACUAGUGAAAAGCUAAUUUGA